CCUCAAACAGAACCUCUGCCCUCCAGAUGAGCUGGCUGUGAGGCUCCGCCCCCUCCCCCUCCCCCUCUAUCCUGAGUCACCUCGGAGUUGGGAGUGGGGCACCAGCACCAUGGGGACUCCCAAUGAUCAGGCGGUGCUGCAGGCCAUCUUCAACCCUGACACCCCAUUCGGAGACCUCGUUGGGUUGGACGCGGGAGAGGAAGCGGAGGAGGAAGAGGUAGACGAAGAUGGAGUUUUCCCUCGAGCACAGUUGGAGCAAUCCAAGGCCCUGGAGCUGCAAGGGGUGAUGGCGGCGGAGGCUGGCGACCUCGGCACGGCCCUGGAGAGGUUUGGCCAAGCCAUCAGCCUGCUGCCUGAGCGGGCCUCCGCCUACAACAACCGAGCCCAGGCCCGCCGACUCCAAGGAGAUGUGGCAGGCGCCCUGGAGGACCUGGAACGCGCUGUGGCGCUGAGCGGCGGCCGGGGUCGCGCCGCCCGCCAGGGGUUCGUGCAGCGCGGGCUCCUGGCGCGGCUGCAGGGCCGGGACGACGACGCCCGCAGGGACUUCGAGCGGGCGGCGCGGCUGGGCAGCCCGUUCGCGCGGCGCCAGCUGGUGCUGCUCAACCCCUACGCCGCGCUGUGCAACCGCAUGCUGGCCGACAUGAUGCGGCAGCUGCGCGCGCCCCGCAACGGCCGCUGAGACGAUCCAAUAAAGCUGCCGGCUCUCUCCCA